GGUGGGAACAGGUUGAGGGAAGGAUUUUGGCCCGUGGUAUAUUGCUAUAAGACAGCAGACACACUUACGUUUCUUCACUUGAACCACAAUAACAAGGAUUAUUUCAUGCUCUCAUCUCUCCGCUGACCACUGGAACAAAGCUCCAGCGCAGGAACCGAGGAUGAGGACGAAGAUGAGGAGCGCUCUGAACCUGCUGUCUCUGGUCUGUCUGUGUGCCGCGCAAAAGAAAUGGACCCAGGACACGUCCGAGUGGGACCACCGAGACAAACCAAACAGCAGGAGCUGCUCAAACCUGACGCAGGUGCUGGACAAUUGGAAAUACGCCAUCAUGUACCAGGUGAAGGACAUGCUGGUCAACGAUCACGCGUCCAUCUUACCAGAAUACGUCAGGAUCCAGCCUCUCUCAGAUGCGGUGGGAGACCUUUAUACGCAGUUCAACACUCUUAAGGAGAACCUGGCGAAGUUGACCAACAAGUUUGACAAGAUAGAAAGCUUUGUGGAUGAGAUCCAAGCGGGAAAGUUUCCCAGGCCAAAGCUCUCGGUGCCGCCAAGACUCCCGGUCCGGAGAAUCCCGCUACAGGUGCCAGCGAAAAACCCUGCAAAAGUCCCAGGUAGAUCCGUGUGGGCUCAGAGGAGAGCCAGGAGAGGUCCUGGUACCUAACAGACUACAGUAAGCCUGGAGAAGCAGCUGAUCGGCUUAUACGGGAUCUGGAGACAUAAUCAUGAUGCUUUUCUAAUAGUAGCCUGCUUAAACCAGAGCUAAGCUGGUCGUGUUUAAGGAAAUGGUUCACCCAAUAAUAAACAACAGCGAAAAAUGUACUCCCUCUUAGGCCACCAAAAAUGUUUUUCUUUAUCGAAACCUGUUUGGAGGUUUCAGGUUUCAGUGGUUCUUUUGCAGUGAAUGGGUGCCGUCAGAGUCCAAACUGAAAACACUACAGCAGUCCACAAGUAACAUCACUCCAAUUCUGUCUGAGACGUAGUCUAACGUGCUAAUGCUUCUUUAAAGCCGUUAAAGCUGCCUGUUUGUAAAAAAAAAACAACAAGAACGAAAAAACGCUGGCUACCGGCUAACAUACAAGUCCUCUGUGGUGGAUUUGUUUCUUAUGAACAUGCAUUUUUUCACUUCAUGAGAUGUUAACUGACGGACUGGACUGGAGUGGUGUGGGUUAUUGCGAUAUCGGCGUCUUUUACACUGACGGCACCCAUUCACUGCAAGGAAUAAUCGCAAGUAAUGUAAAUUUAUCCAAAUCUGUACCGAUGACGACGUAAAUCCAUCUUAGAUGGCCUGAGGGCACGUACACUCACUGCAGAUUUAAAUUUUUGGUGUGACCGAUUCUUUUAAUAUAGACCACAUUUUGGGAUUUUUUAUAUUACAAAAUAUUACAGACUUGCAUAAACGUCACAAACUGACUGUAUGGGACGCACUGCUUUUAAAAAGUAACAAUGGGUUAUUUGUACAGUAUUAAGGAGUUUGGCAUUUCUCUAUGCACAAAUGAUUUAGAAGUAGUAACAAAAAUGUAUAUCAGAUAAUACUACAUUUAUCUUUCGAUAUUAGAGGUACGAUGGUGGUGAAUAUGUGGACAUUUUGAGUUUAAAAAGUUCUUGUAUGUAUGGAUUGGUGUAUUAAAUGUUGAAAUGGUUACUUUUUUUUUCACAAGAGCCUAUAAUGUGCAUGUAAAUACUGUAAACAUGGAUCUUUAUUGCAAUUUGCCACAAGUAGCAUUUUGUUUAUCAAGACACAUUAAUCAAAUGCAACUCUGAUAAUAAGCAUAUAAGUGCAUCUGCCUGCUGUGUGCUACUAUAAACUACAUCAAAAUCAAUAAAUAACAGACAACAAUUACUAUUACUGUGGUUUUAAAACAACAACAACAUAUAUUUCUGACAUAUUUCUCACGGAAAGCGUCAGAGGUCUGAACAUCUGAAUGCGUUUAUUGCAUUUGUUGAGUUUCUGCCUUAAUGUGAACAUGAAUAUAUCAUCUGGCUUUCGCGAAACAGAUGUGCCGGAUGAAAGAAACCACCGUUCAUUCUUUGCACGAGUGUUUCUUAUAUAAGAUGCUGUAACUAGCGAAACACUAUCCUUACAAUAUUUCAUGCUGCAUGCAUGAGAUUCAAGAGCUUCUUUGACGACAGGAAUUGUUAUUUUGCAUGUAAAUGUGUCUUACCUGAAAAUGAGAAUCUUUAUAUAAUGCUUUUUUUUUAUGCAACAGCUAUCUGAAGCCUUGAUUGGUGUAACAUUCUUUGUUUGGUUUUGAAAUAAGCUUUGAAGUUUGAAAUGAAAAUAAAUGGUCAGUGUCA